ACUUUAAUUUUUCACACAAUAGACAAAUCCAUAAAUCAAUGUGUAAUUUUAUUUUAUUUUAUAUUAUUUCAAACUUAUUUUAGGUUAAAAGCGUAGUUCCGUUAAGAUCAUCAAACAUUUUUAUGGUAAAUUUCUUCUCUAGUUUUGAUAAUCCCUAAAUUCAUCGUUCUCCAUUGGUAAGGGACUAAGUGCUCUUUUUAAAUACAAAAUUAAAUUUUAUUUUAUUGUUUACGGUGGAAAAUAAGUAGGAGAGGGAGAGAGAAUAUCGAAGAAAGGUAGUAAAGUAGCAGCAGACAGCAGUUAAAGGAGAAAGAAACUAAGAAAGUGGGCAAACACAAUAGAUAGAUGGAAGAAGAAGAACGAGUGUGGAGUUGGGGUGCUGGGACGGAGGGGCAGUUGGGUAAUUGCAGCCUUGAAGACGAGGUCAGUCCUCAGCUCAUUCGCCAACCCCCUCUUUCUGUCUCCAACAUCUCCUCCCUUGCCUGCGGCGCCGCCCACGUCAUCGCCAUCACCUCCAGUGGGAAGGUACUUUCAUGGGGCAGGGGCAGUUCUGGACAACUAGGCCAUGGGGAGUUUGUUAACAACUCCUUGUAUCCUAAGCCUGUAACAUCUCUGGACCCUUACUUCAUAACCAAUGUCUCUGCUGGUUGGAGUCACUCCGCUUUUGUUUCAGAUACCGGAUGCUUGUUCACUUGCGGCGAUGCUUCAUUCGGUCAGCUUGGCCAUGGCGAUUACACAUCACGCUGCUCUCCUGCCAAGGUAUCAUCCUUCGAUAAUCGCCGUGUUGCCAAGGUUGCAUGUGGCAUGCGCCAUUCCCUCGUUUUGUUGGAAGAUUGUUCAUCAAAUCAAGUUUAUGGAUUUGGGUCUGGGAAGCGCGGUCAAUUGGGUGUCUCCAAAGAUAGGGUCAAAUCUAUUAAUCUUCCUCAAGUUGUUAGUGGAUUUGAAGAUGCUGAGACAGUCGACAUUGCUGCAAAUGGAGAUCAUAGUGCUGCAAUAUCUGUUGAUGGAAAUCUUUACAUAUGGGGAAGAGGAUUCAAGGGCUAUGAAGAUGCUAAUUCUCCUCGACGAUUGAACUCUACCUUGAGUUUUACCAAAGUUGCUCUAGGAUGGAACCAUGCUUUAACUUUGACUGCUGCAGGUGAAGUCUAUAUGAUUGGUGGCAACCAUCUUGGAGUGCUUAGUAAUCAUUGGAGUACGAGCUCAGCAAAACAGUUACAUGAUUUAAGAGAAGCCAAUAUGGAGAAAGUCCCUGGCCUUGAUGAUACAAAGGUUGUUGAUAUUGCCGCAGGUGCCGAGCACUCCAUUCUUGUCACAGAUAAUGGAGAAAUAAAGACAUGGGGUUGGGGUGAGCAUGGUCAACUUGGCCUGGGGGAUCCUUGUGACAGGGCCCGUCCUGUUACAGUAAAUCUGGGUUAUGAUAUGGAUGACGUUUCCUCUAUCAGAGUCUACUGUGGAAGUGGCUUUACCUUUGCUUUAACCAAGCUCUAGAUUCUUAGACUUUCAUGAGGCUUUCAACUUAACUUGGUUAUCCUCAACAUUUUCCUUGUAACUCUAGACUUGUGAUCUUAAUCUAACUGUCAAUUUUCCCAAAAGUGAAAGGAAUACCACUGCAACUAUAAUUUACAGUUACUAACUAUAAUUAUAUAAUUCAUUGAUGAUAA